CUCUGAAAAUUUUCCCGAGGCCCAUCGUGCCUUCUACGUUUAUCUAUAUAAGUACUCCUCUUCUCCCCUCCUCUCCCUGCCUCUGUUCCUACUUCCCUUCCUCUCUCAAUAUAUCCUCCGUCUCAUUAUAGCAACAGCGGUUGUGAGAGCGUGUCGGGCUCUCGUAUAUAUCAGAAGAUCUUGGUCAACCCUUCUUUUAUUAUUAUUCCUUGUACUAAUUAUAAACCCAGCGAAAUCCACAUUCCUCUCCUCCGCCGGAGCAACUUAAUAUAUCCUAUUUCCGAAAGCCGGAGACCGAAACCGGGAGCGAGAGAGGAAUAAGCCUCGCUCGAGCUCUCGGCAUCGCCUCCGCCGCGCUAAUGUCGGUCGUCUACCUUAAAUUCCUCCGCCGGUGCGCCCUACCCUGCUGCCUCCGCCCCAGCCCCGCGUACCCAGGGAGCGGCCCCAACGCCUCCCAUAUCGCCGACGAGAUCCCCGAGACCGCCUACGUCCGCCGGUACGGGUGGCUGGAGGUGGAGUCGCUCACUGGGAACUUCACCGCGGCGGUGAUCGGGGAGGGGGGCUUCAGCAUCGUCUACCUCGCUCGCCUCACCGGCGCCGCCGCCCCCUCCUCCCUGGCCGCCGUCAAGGUCCAUCGCAGCGGCGAGCGGCUCCACCGCGCCUUCCUCCAGGAGCUCGACGUCCUCAUCCGCCUCCGCCACCCCCGCAUCGUCCGCCUCCUCGGCUUCUGCGACGACCGAGAGGAAGGGGUUCUGGUGUUGGAGUACGUGCCGAAUGGGAGCCUCCACGAGAAGCUCCGCGGCGGCGGCGGCGGCGACGGCGGCGCCGCCCUGGGGUGGGCACGGCGGAUGUGGAUCGCAUACGAGGUCGCCGGCGCGGUCGAGUACCUCCACGACGGGUGCGGCGAGCUACCGAUCGUCCACGGCGACAUCACGACGGCGAACGUCCUCCUCGACGACGGGCUCGACCCGAAGCUCUGCGACUUCGGGUCCGCGCGGGCCGGGUUCUCGUCGGCGGUCCGGUCGGCGGGGCCGAUGAUCGGCUCGCCGGGCUACGCCGACCCGCACUACCUCCGGACCGGGAUGGUCUCCAAGUCCACCGACGUAUAUAGCUUCGGAGUUCUCCUGCUGGAGCUCAUCACGGGCCUGCCGGCCGUCGGAUCGGGGGAGGGGAGGGUUUUAACGGCGGAGAUGGGGCCGCUGCUGAGAGAGGAUGGGAGGGCGGUGGCGGAGGUGGUGGACCCCAGGCUGGGAUGGGAGUACGACGCCAGGGAGGCGGCGGCGAUGGCAGCGGUUGUCGCCCGCUGCAUCGGGGAGCAACCCAGCCUCCGGCCAUCGAUGGCGGAGAUACGGUCGAUCAUGUGGGAGGAGGUGUGCUCCUCAUUAUCAGUCGUUGCUGCAGGAUCAGACGGUAAAAGGGCGUCUUUAAGUUCCCCUGUCACCCUAUUCUGAUCUGCCGACCGUUAAAACGGACUAGACGCAAAUAGAAGGCAGGAAAGCUGUUACAAGAGAAGCUAAAAGAGUUGAUUGGGGGAAAUGGGGAAAUUAUGGGGGCCAAUUGUUUAGAAGGGUUAGUGAUGUAAAUAGCAACGUUGGGAGCAGCUUCACAGUGUUGUGUAACCUACGUUGAUGGCUUUUGCUUGUGUGGUGCUGAAUGGGGAUCAGAUGAAUGUCACUCAUUUCUUUCUUCUUAUUUUGUGAGCCCGUAAGCCAAUAUUGUUGGAAGAUUUCUAGUCCUUAGUGAACAAGCUUGAUGAAUU